AUCAGCCACAUCACUGAGAGAGACCCAAUUGUGAGAAAACGGGUCCUUGAAGGAAUAAGGACGGAACGGAGAACCUUUUCGUUUUCUAUUUGUUUUAUUCUUUAUUUUAUUUGGGGUCUGUGGUUUGUCUGUUUCUUCCUUCUCUGUGAUGGGUUUUAUAGCCAUUAUUUUAUUUUAAUUUUCUCUUGUGUUAUGUGGGAUUGGGAUUUCUUGUGAAGAGUGUAUAAGAGUUGAAGCUUAAAGAGUGUGGGCUUGACUCUGGAAGGUAGGUAACGCAGAGUAGCAGAGGAGAGGGGUAAACGAUAAAGGAGAAAGGAGGUUUUUUGUGGACUGAUGAGAGAUGAAAUGAAGCAGGUGUAGAGAUCCAUUUUGGUCGGUGUGAUUGUUUUCUCUGGUUCAAGUGUUUAACAGUGUUGGGUGGGUGGGAUGAGUGGCUUCGAUACGGGAGGCCGGCUUGUUGCCGGCUCUCACAACAGAAAUGAGUUCGUCGUCAUCAAUGCUGAUGAUAUUGCACGGGUGAAGUCUGUAAAAGAAUUGAGUGGACAGAUUUGCCAGAUUUGUGGGGAUGAAAUUGAGAUUACAGUAGACGGAGAGCCCUUUGUCGCCUGUAAUGAAUGUGCUUUCCCUAUCUGUAGACCUUGCUAUGAGUACGAGAGAAGAGAGGGCAAUCAAGCUUGCCCUCAAUGCAAAACCAGAUACAAGCGCAUCAAAGGCAGCCCCAGGGUUGAAGGCGAUGAGGAAGAGGAGGAUGUUGAUGAUUUGGAUAACGAAUUCGACUUUGGGAGUAAUAACUGGAGCAAUGCACACCAUAUUGCAGAGGCAGCCCUCUCUGCUCGCCUUAAUGUUGGCCGUGGUUCCCAGGCUGAUGCAUCUUGGGCCUCCCUGCCGUCAAAUCUGGAUUCUUCCUCCCAGAGUCCUGAAAUCCCUCUCCUGACCUAUGGCCAAGAGGAUGCUGGAAUUUCUUCUGAUCAACAUGCUCUUAUAAUACCACCAAUUAUGAGUCGUGGAAAACGAGUUCAUCCAAUGCCAUUUCCUGAUUCCUUCAAUGAUGCAGUGCAACCUAGAUCAAUGGAUCCUAAGAAGGACUUAGCAGUAUAUGGGUAUGGGAGUGUUGCAUGGAAGGAACGUAUGGAGGAGUGGAAGAAAAGGCAGAAUGAAAAAUUGCAGGUGGUUAAGCAUGAAGGAGAAAAUGGUGGUGGGAACUAUGAUGGAGAUGAUCUGGAUGAUCCUGAUUUGCCCAAAAUGGAUGAAGGAAGACAGCCUCUAUCAAGGAAGUUACCAAUUCCUUCCAGCAUGAUCAGUCCGUACAGAUUGAUAAUAAUACUCCGGCUUGUGAUUCUUGGCUUCUUUUUCCAUUAUAGACUUCUCCACCCGGUCCCUGAUGCAUAUGGUUUGUGGCUGACAUCAGUCAUUUGUGAAAUAUGGUUUGCACUGUCAUGGAUUUUAGAUCAGUUCCCCAAAUGGUUACCAAUUGAGCGAGAGACGUACCUUGAUCGGUUGUCACUGAGAUAUGAGAAAGAAGGGAAGCCUUCUGAGUUAGCCCCUGUUGACAUAUUUGUUAGUACAGUCGAUCCUAUGAAAGAACCUCCACUAAUCACUGCAAAUACUGUUCUAUCCAUCCUUGCUGUGGAUUAUCCAGUUGACAAAGUUGCAUGCUACGUUUCUGAUGAUGGUGCUGCCAUGCUUACUUUUGAAGCGCUUUCUGAGACAUCGGAGUUUGCAAGGAAGUGGGUCCCGUUCAGCAAAAAAUUUAAUAUCGAGCCCCGUGCACCAGAAUGGUAUUUCUCUCAGAAGAUUGAUUAUCUGAGAGACAAAGUUCAUCCUGCCUUUGUGAGGGAACGGCGUGCAAUGAAGAGGGAAUACGAAGAAUUCAAGGUUCGGAUAAAUGGGUUGGUUUCCAUUGCACAGAAGGUUCCCGAGGAGGGUUGGACAAUGCAGGAUGGAACACCGUGGCCAGGGAACAAUGUACGGGAUCAUCCAGGAAUGAUCCAGGUAUUUUUUGGACAAAAUGGUGUUCGUGAUGUUGAAGGAAAUUUAUUGCCACGUCUGGUUUAUGUUUCUCGAGAGAAGCGACCGGGAUUUGAUCACCACAAAAAAGCUGGGGCCAUGAAUGCUCUGGUGAGGGUCUCAGCAAUCAUUUCCAAUGCACCUUAUGUUCUGAAUGUCGACUGUGAUCACUAUAUAAACAACAGCAAGGCACUUAGAGAAGCCAUGUGCUUCAUGAUGGAUCCGACAUCAGGAAAGAAAGUAUGCUACGUGCAGUUUCCUCAACGAUUUGAUGGGAUUGAUCGCCAUGACAGAUAUUCAAAUCGGAAUGUCGUAUUCUUUGAUAUCAAUAUGAAAGGACUAGAUGGGAUCCAGGGACCAAUCUAUGUCGGAACAGGAUGUGUUUUCAGAAGGCAGGCACUGUAUGGCUAUGAUGCCCCUGUAAAGAAGAAACCUCCUGGGAAGACAUGCAACUGCUGGCCUAGAUGGUGCUGCCUGUGUUGUGGUUCUAGGAAAAAGAACAGGAAAAUGAAGCCAAAGAAGGAGAAGAAGAAAAUAAAGCACAGAGAAACUUCAACACAGAUACAUGCCCUUGAAAAUAUUGAAGAGGGGAUUGAAGGAAUAGAUAGUGAAAAAUCGUCUCUCAUGUCCCAAACAAAGUUUGAGAAAAAAUUUGGGCAGUCUCCUGUGUUCAUAGCGGCAACACUCUUAGAAGAUGGUGGAGUUCCACUAGGAGCCAGUUCUGCAUCUCUCUUAAAAGAAGCCAUCCAUGUUAUUAGUUGUUGUUAUGAAGAUAAAACAGAAUGGGGGAAAGAGGUUGGAUGGAUAUACGGCUCAGUUACAGAGGAUAUCCUUACAGGGUUCAAGAUGCACUGCCAUGGGUGGCGCUCUGUGUACUGCAUACCCAAAAGGCCAGCAUUUAAGGGAUCUGCUCCAAUCAAUCUCUCGGAUCGUCUACAUCAGGUUCUUCGUUGGGCCCUUGGAUCUGUAGAGAUUUUCUUGAGCAGGCACUGUCCAAUCUGGUAUGGAUAUGGGUGUGGUUUGAAAUGGCUGGAACGAAUUUCCUACAUAAACUCGGUUGUUUAUCCUUGGACAUCCAUUCCUUUGAUUGCAUACUGUACCUUGCCAGCUAUCUGCCUUCUCACUGGGAAGUUCAUCAUCCCCGAGAUUAGCAACUAUGCCAGCAUUGUGUUCAUGGCUCUCUUCUUAUCUAUAGCAGCAACGGGCAUCCUAGAGAUGCAGUGGGGAGGUGUUAGCAUAGAUGACUGGUGGAGGAACGAGCAAUUUUGGGUGAUUGGUGGUGUCUCAUCACAUCUCUUUGCUCUCUUCCAAGGUUUGCUCAAGGUUUUGGCUGGAGUCAACACGAACUUCACUGUUACAUCCAAAGGAGGUGACGAUGGUGGUUUCGCAGAGCUAUACCUAUUCAAGUGGACAGCAUUGUUGAUCCCUCCCACAACAUUGCUAAUCAUUAACAUAAUCGGGGUGAUUGUUGGUGUUUCUGAUGCCAUAAACAAUGGGUACGAGUCGUGGGGCCCACUAUUUGGUAAGUUGUUCUUUGCUAUUUGGGUCAUUGUACAUCUGUACCCCUUCCUCAAGGGAUUAAUGGGGAAACAGGAUAGACUGCCUACCAUUAUCCUGGUCUGGUCAAUGAUUCUUGCCUCACUUUUCUCUCUGUUAUGGGUUCGAAUCAACCCAUUUCUCGCUAAAGGAGGCAUCAUAUUAGAGGUCUGCGGCUUGAAUUGUGACGACUAAUACACCAAAUAGAAUUUUAGAUGCUCUUGAAUUGUAUAUGGAAAGGCUGGUUGGCAGUGGCAGGAGGAGUCCUC